AUGAAGCUGGUAUGUUCCCUAUUUAAGUCGUCUGAGCACACCAGGUCUUCAGAGAACCCACAGGCAAAGAUUCAGGAUCACACAUCCAUCUCAAACAGCCAAGCAGCAUCAGCAGGAUCUCAUGGCCUGGCCAUUGACUGGAUUGGUGGCCCUGGCUUUGCUGACAAUCAUGGCAUCCUGCUCUCUGGCUUGCACCCUGCCUCUGAUCUAUAUGCAGGGGAACACAACAGCCUUGAGUCUUCUGGGACAAAUGAGGAGAACCUUCACUUUCUCCUGCCUGAAGCACAGACAGGACUUUGGCUUGGCCCAGUUGGAGGUUGACGGCAAGCAGGUCCAGAAAACUCAUGCUAUCUCUAUCCUUCAUGAGAUGACCACCCAGACACUCAACCUCUUCUCAUCCCAGAACUCAUAUGCUGCCUGGAACCACAGUCUCAUUGAAACCUUCUGCACUAUCCUCCGUGAUCAGAUGAAUGACCUGAAGGCCUGCCUGACCGAGGAGACAGGGCUGGAAGACCCUUCCCUGUUGCAUGAGGACUCCAGAAUGGCUGUGAAGAAAUACUUCCAAGGGAUCGCUGUCUACCUGAAGGAGAAGAGCUACAGCCCUUGUGCCUGGGAGGUGGUCAGAGCAGAAUUCUUCAGAUCCUUCUCUUCAUCAGAAAAACUGUUGAGAAAGAUGCGGGACUAAGGAAUGAGUCCUCGUUUAAUA